UAAAGCAUCGCAUGCUGUACCAGGGCCAGGAUCCAAGUCAGCCGGUGCUGCGUCCAAGCCGUCAAGACGCACCCAUCGCAGACCCACAGUAUCCGCCAGCCUACGAUGAUGCCAUUAUCCAAAAUGCGACAACUUUGCACCAGAGCAAUCCACAAUCGCACAGCGCUGACCGUCGCACCUUCUUUGCCGAGCCCCAGCAUUUGAGCAGUCAACUGCUCGAUGAGCGGCCUGAGCGGCAUCAGCUGGCUGAGCAGCCGACACAGCAGCUACCAAUUGAUGGGCAGUACUCGAGUCUGCCGCAGGUGCGCAGCUUCGUUGCGUUGGCUCCGCAGCCUCAGUUCGGACUCCAGGCCUGUCCGAUUGUGUGUCCUGCUUGUGGCAAGCAAGGACGCACACGAUUGCAGCGCACGGCGAAUAUGAGGGCCCAUUGCUGGGCGCUCUGGCUGUGCUUAUUUGGCUGGUGCUGCUGCGCUUGUUGGUAUCCGUAUCUGAUGGAUAGCUGCCGGAUCACGAGGCAUUAUUGCAACGCCUGCAAAACAUUUCUGGGCGCCUAUCAUCCCAAAGAUUGUUGCCACUGACUCUCUGAGGAUUCAUCCAAAAUGAAAAGAAACUUCAGAAUAACAUCGACAUUUUUCUGGAUUUUCCAAAUAAUUUCUAAAAUGUUUAAAAUAAGAAACGUUUAAGAGUUUUUACAUAAAUGCUUUAGAUUUGUAAGAUAGCAAAAAAUGCAAGCUCUUAUUUAUUUCAUAUACCCAUCAACUAAAGAUC